CAACAUAAUCAAUUUGACCGAAUGGAGAGAACAACCAAUAAGAUACAUUUUCAGUUUCACCCGACCUUGAGCUUGAAGAAUACGAGGUGCCAUCUAGGAGAUUACGUGAGGUUAUUUCUUCACUUAAAGGAAUCUGCUGUUGAUCAGAAAACACAAGCAAACUCAGUACUGUGUGGGAAGAUGGGAGAUAUUAUCCAGACUCAUUACUCCUCUGCUUCUGCUCUUAUAUUCGAAUUCCACACAGACUGGAAAAUUGGCAACAACACCGGAUUUCGAGGAACUUACCGUUUCCUCAACAAAAGUUUGUUUCUGAAUGAUGGAGAUCCUCUUUUUGGCACCAAGUGUGACUACCAGUUUUUUAGAAGUAAUAAGUCCCAGAGUAAAGGCUAUUUCUUUUCACCUCUCUACCCCAGUACCUACCCUCGGAACGUUAAUUGUGCCUACCAUUUUAUGGGAAAGUACAAUGAGAGAGUUUCGAUACACUUUGAAAAGGUCCGGCUCCAGCCAGGAGACAUUAGCUGUCUAUAUAGUGAAGAUAAAAUUAAAGUGCACGACGGAAAGGAUGCCCGGAGCCCUCUGAUUGGACAAUUAUGUAAUUACUAUGAUUUCGUAGAUUUUUUAUCGACUGGUCCUGACUUGUAUGUUGAAUUCCACAGCCAGGGUCACUUCUCUGGCCAGGGUUUCAAAGCAGCUUUCGAAUUUAAAGAAGAAAACCUUAACGUAGGAUUUAAUCUUCCAUCGACAGAGCCCCUGAAUAACGGUUUGAGGUUGCCAGUUAUCGAAGAACGUCGUGUACACUGUGAUGUGUGGGUAACUAGUGCUGUUUCCAAAAAUGGGACCAUUACAAGCCCUAAUUAUCCUGAUCCCUACCCUGCCAAUGUUCACUGUGUUUACCAUUUCACCGCAAGGGGUAAGGAGAGGGUGCAGAUCCUCUUCACCGACUUUGAUCUUUAUCAACCAGCACAUAGCAGUACAAAUAGGGAUUGUGAAGGAGUUGAUGUUGUCCAGGCAUUUAUCAAGAUCAAAGGUCAAAUAGAAGCGCUAAAAACAAAUUGUGGACACGCCCUCCCUCCCCAGCUAAUGUCUAAUGGUCCUUACAUGAUCAUGGAGUUCCAUACAACCAAAUCUUCCUUAAGUUACAAAGGAUUUCAAGCUACUUAUCGAUUUGUCUCUGAUUUUGGAAUCAACGCAGGGGUGCAAGACCCGCAGUCAGUAUGCGGCUUCAUCUUCAAUAGCUGGGAACAAACUAACGGAACAUUCUGUUCACCCAACCAUCCAGGAUUGUAUCCUAGAAACACAGAAUGUCACUAUUCCUUUAUAGGGAGAAAAACCGAGAGAGUUCAAAUUACCUUUACUGACUUUGAUGUAGAGGGCGUAACCCCCUGCACAGAGGAAACUGCCAGUGAUUAUGUAGAGUUUUCUAGUAAGCGCUCUGCUGUUUUCAAACUUGCUCGUCACUGUGGAUUAAAUAAACCGAAGACUAUUGAAUCCGAAGGAGACUUUUUCCUUGUCACGUUCAGAUCUAAUAAUCAAUUUGACGGAAUGGGAUUUAAGGCCUUUUAUCAAUUCACGAAUCAAACAAAUUUUUCCACUACAAAAUGGAUACGCGAUUCUGCAGGAAAUCCUUAUUGUAAUUUGUCCUCGAUUUUACUGACGGUUGUGAUUCUCUGUGAAAUCAUGGAAUUAAAACUGAUGUUUGUGACUUAGUCAAUUGUUUUAUGUAACAAGAAUUUUAAAUAGAGGAACCAUUUGGCCCGGUGGAUACCUUGAAGUGCCUGCGUCUACGUCCCUUCAGAAUAUAACUGUGAUAGAUGCUUCGACCAAGUAGUCCCGGUUUUUUUGGGCGAUGCAGUGGCAUUCGUACAUCUCCUGUAUGUAAUCGCAUCAAAGCCAAUUUUGUUGGUUGUUGUUUAUGUAUAAUCACAUAAUUAAAUAUCGUACCUAACUGUUGUGGUUGGUUUUUGGAUGCCUUAAGAACGCAAAAACUGUCCAGUCAUAUUGUACUUCGGCAGUUUAAUGUUCUUCGUAAGGGAAUAAAAUAUUGCUUUUUUCUGCGA